AUGUUCAACGUAAUAGAAACGUCGCCAGGGGAGUACGGCUAUGGGCAGAGCUUAUUGCAUCCAGGGCAGCUAGUUUUCCAUACGCCGCCGUACAACAGUUUGAACGUUUGCCUACAACCAACUAACGUCGCGACACUGAUACCUUCGCCUUUACCGCAAGCCUUAAAUAAAUCGCCUCAAAGCGCGGAACGUAGGAGUUUGACCAGACGGUUCUCUUAUACUAGUAUGAGCAAAGGCAGCAACAAUGUGCUCGUUUCUAGCACUAAGAGUGACGUUCCGUACGCGCGGCUAGUAGACUCAACAGUGCCUUUAGGUAAUUCGAAAAUCGACAGUGACUCCAAACUGAACAAAAGCGUUCUUAACGUGCCCCAGAUGGAGAGUAGCGUUUCAGAUUCUAAGCUGGCCCUCAGUUGUGGGGUUAAGGAGAGCACAAACGUGUCGGCCAAAAAAUCCGUGCAAACCGAGAACGAGGUGUUCACGGCUCCUAAGGUACCGGCACGUAGCGUCGGUGUCUCCGAAUCUCAUUACUCGCUCAACUCUCAACCGCCACACGAGGAAAUACAACCGCAGGAAGUUCAGAGGGCAAUGUCGAUUACGAGUGAAAACCAUUCCGAAGCUUUCUUCUCGGCGGACGAGGAUAUGUUCCCCAGUCGAUCUUCAAGCUUGAAACAUUCCUUCGGCAGCCGCCACAGCAAUCCAAAAGACAAGAGCUCGUUCGGCAUAAACGAUAUAACUACCGAAAAGUGGACAAACUCAAUUCCUCGCUCGGAGGUGGUUGACGCUCCCGACACUAUAAGCAAUCUCAGCGCCGGGGUGCAGCCCGAUUCUGAAAGCGGAUCCGUUUCCUCCACCUCUUUUAUCUCCGCAAUUUCAUCGCAAGAGGACAUGACACUCGUGAACCUACAUAUGCAGACCAACAAGCCGAUCGUGGAGUCUCCAUUACUCAUGGCCAGUUACAUGCACAACCUUCCACAGUAUAAGUGCUCUAAUUGGUCUUUAUGCUCUUUGCCUAGCGGUAGAGACGCCUUCACGCUGCCGCUUUUCAAGAGGGCCGAUGAUGGUUCGUUGGUUUAUGUCGGACAGAAAUAUUUACCCAACUUCGAACAGACUGGAAAGGUGAACAUCUUGAGACUUAUUCCUAAAAAAGACGGGCACAACACCCAAAGUCAACACGGCCCAUUCUCCAAUCUGACGCCGCACUUCAAUUCACAAAUUAAAGCGCACCCCUACCCUCAAGCGUGGUGGGAGUUGCAGCAGAACGUUCAAGAUAAUCAGGAGAACAUCACCGACAAAAGCUCAGCGUCCACGGCCACCACGACCAGCGAUAGCAAAAGUGGCUUAUUUAUUAAACUGCGUGGAGAAAUUGACGUGAUGCUGACACCACUAGUGUUGGAAAGCACACAAAAAUUCGUAGAAUCCUUAACUCCCGUUCUGGCUAACAUUCACCCGAUAACGGUUAUAAAUCACCUGCGGUUGCUUUGCAUUUCUUCCGUGGAAAGCGCAAACGUCCUUAAACAGAAGCAGUACGUUUGGAAUUGGUUGCCGCAGAUGCAAACAAACGGCCAGUCCAGCAUAAUAGCGGACAAGGAUGAUAAACACAAGAUUGCAACGAUCCCCCAACCGAACGUGUACGAAGAGACCAUUUGCGAUCAACUUCAAGCCACAGUUACUGUGCCCAAAGUCAACGUGAUAUUUAUACAGUCGUCCGUUGUGGAAGACAUGAUUUCAUUCUCUGCUUUAGACAACAUACAAGAUCUGACCUGCGUGUCUCUCUUCGGGCUGUCGGUUGAAAAUAUAGUGGCGAAGUACGUCAGCUCCAAGAAGACUUUGGAAUCCAUUCAGCUGUAUUAUAGACCGACGUUGCGUGCUCUCGGGAGUAAGAAGUCCUUCGGUAUCAUGAAGGGUCCGCGUGCAUUGAUCUCCGCCCAAUCUUCCGGUCGAAAGAGAGGACCUGAGAAGGGUGAACCUGUAUUCAUCGAGACUUCACAACAGCAGUGCGAGGACACUACCAUCACUCUUAACGUCGGUAAGGUUCACGGCCAACUGCGCCGUAUACGCAACGAGUCCUCUCAAUUGAAAGACGCCACCGUGACCGGCAUACCGUGCCAACAUUCCAAGGUGUGUUUCAAGUUCACCAAAAUGGAGCCGUGCAGCAAGGGUUGUGAAACCACGUGCUGCCAGAACGGCCCAAUGGAGGGCCAGAAGGAGGGCUCCAUAGGCUUCAUCAUGUUCGAGUGCGGCCUGGAGGGCGUCUCGAUAAAAGUCUCCCAGCAUUCGACCUCGCACAAGGCGAACGAGGAGAAGAAGCCCGCGCGCAACGACAACGAGAGCUGCCGCGAGUCCGUCAAAUCGGCCGAGGACCUGAAACCGGACAAGGAGCGGGGGUCCAAGGGCCACCGGACCUCGGGCAUCGAGGACCUCUUCAGGAAACGCGAGUCGAACUCGAAGCCCGGCACCCCGAACCUGAGCGCGGCGCAGCCGCCCCCCGCGCCGCCGGAGCCCACCACCCCCGGCCCGGAGGAGCCCUCGGACAGCACCGCUACCAUCGUGCCCGUGAAGGACAACGGGAACAGGUCCUCGUGCGCUAUAGACCUGAAGGUGGUCUGGUUCAACUUCGCCGCGCCCCCGCGCACCCCCAUCACCAAGAAGAUUGACUACACUCGGCUGGACUGGAAUCUGCUGAGCACCGCGUCGCCGGCGAUCAACGCUUGGAUGAACCCGUGCAACCGGCUGGGCAUCCGCGUGGUGGCGCUGUACCGCGCGCGGGCCCGCCGCCUCGCCGCCACCGCCGCCAGCCUGAUGGCCGCCGCCCUGGACCGCGCGCCCAGCCACGCGCUGCCCAAGAGCCGGUACGGGCGGCACACGCCGAUGGCGAAGCAGCUGCGCGAGGAGCCGUCGCUGCAGCUGUGCGGCGUGCUGCUGCGCCACGCGCUGCAGGCGGACGCGGCGGCCGUGCAGGCCGACCUGGCCGAGCGCCACCUGCCCUCGCUCUCCACGCUGCGACAGGGCGUGAUUGUAUUGAGUCGACAGUGGAAGAACAUCCUGUAUACACCAUUACUGCUCGAGCACAACUACAAGAGCAAAGUGAUGAAACCUCUAAACGUGACAUUCGCGCUACCGGACUUGUUAGAGGACUCCGUGGAGGGUUGGCAGGAGUACACUAUAGAAAACGAGGCACUCGACGAGAACUGCCUCCUUCUAAACAUGGAAGCGGACAACCUGAACCUGACAUUGCGGGGCGCGCAGAGCAGCCGGGCGAGCCUAGUCUUCCCCUCGCUGCCUUUCUCCACGAGGAAGACCCCGUUCCAGGACGACGCGAUUGCGAACUACGGAACUCUGAAGGAAGACCUGCCGACCGUGGGUUCGAACCCGUCUCUUUACUCUCCGCACGGCAGCCACGACGACGUGGCCAACGAGCGCGCACGCGAGGACCUCUACCAGUGGAUGGCCAAGCAGGAGCCCAUGAAAGUGGAGCCGAAGACGAAGAAGCCGAUAAUCCCCGCGUCGAAGAUGAACCCGCGCGCGAUGGCCGCCUCGCUGCCCGCCUGCAGCCUGUACCCGCUGCAGGGCUCGCUGAUGCUGCUGGACGCGCACCUCGUGUUCCAGCCGCUGCUGGCGGCGCUGGGCGUCUCGCCGCACCAGGUUCCGCAAGGUGCGAAGGGCGCCGCUGGAGCCGGCGGCGAGGGCGCCCCCGCGCUGGACUCGCUGGGCUCGGAGCUGUCGCUGCUGGCCUGGGUGGACGCGUUCCGCAUCGACAUCGUCGUCUCCGAGCUGGCCGCGCGCGAGCGCCGCCACAACGCGCCCAAGCCCAAAGGCCACCCGUGCCACAUCGACAUCCCGUCGGAGACGCCCGCCUUCCUCUGCGAGAAGGUCUCCAUCGACGUGGACCUGAAGAAGGUGGCCGACAUGACGGUGGACGACCUCAUCCAGCGGCGCAACGUGCUCUACAUAUCGCGCGGGCAGCUCAAGAAGCACAUCAGCACCAUGCUCAACUUCAACGUCAGCGUGCGCUUCAUAUCGCAGCAGGUCAACAUGCCGCUGCUCCGGUUGCUGCACCAGAUCAGCAACAUGUACCAGAACGUGAAGGACACGCAGACGGAGCUUCGCACCCAGACCAGGAUCAACCACCGCCAGAACAAGCACACCUCCUCCUCAGUUUCAGACUUCCGCGAGAACGUGGCGAGCCUGUCGUCGCUGGACAAGGAGAGCGCGUACGCGGUGGGCGUGGGCGUGGGCGGGGGCGUGGGCGUGGGGCUGGGCGUGGGCGUGGGCACGAGCGCCCCGCCCGUGAGCGCGGCCCCUCCGCCCGCGCCCCGCGCCCCCCGGCCCCAGUCGUUCGCGCAGAAAUUGCGCUCCACCGGCAAGAGCGUCAAGGGCCGCCUCGGUUACAGCUCGCUGAACGAGGGCGCGCACACGCCGAUGUGCGGCGCGGCGCCGCCGGCCGUGGCGUCGGCGCCGCACCUGCCACACAUGCCACCGCUGCCACCGCUGCCACCGCACGCGCACGCCCCCUCGCCGCACUCGCUCGGCGCGCCCGAGUCGCAGCUGGCGCCGCGCUGCUGGCGCACCGUCUACCUGCUGCUCGACCUCUACGCCAACAUGCCGGACGCCGACACCAUCACGCACAGGUUCUCCGUGUCGACGGAGCUGCCGGAGCAGUAUCGGCAGCCGCGCGCCAGGCCCAGCUCGCGCGAGCAGAACGCCUCCAACUCCUCGUCGAGCAACGCCGCCAUGGGCAUCGUCGUGGUGGGCGUCGCCAGAAUCCACCGGACCCGUCUGCUCGCGUCUCUCUCGGGAUUGAAGCUGGAAGCGGAGAUCACAUCGCUGCAGGCGUCCCUCUCCGCUUCUCGCACCCGCCAGUGGUCGCUGAGCGGCAACCUGGGCCGGACCAUGAUCGUGCUGCUGGAGGGAGUCGCGCCCAACCAGCAGACGGUGGUGCGCGUGAGCGUGGGCAAGUCGCAGGCGCUGUACUCGUGGGAGGGCGGGCGGCUGGGCGCGGCCGCGCUGCUCAGCGUGGGCGGCGUCAGGGUGGACCUGCCGCAGCACCCCGUCGCGCUGCACGGCGUCAUGACGCGCUCCAGCCGCCAGCUCUCCUCCACGCUGCAGGAGUUGGGCGUGACGCGCACCUCGUCGCGAAUGUCGCGCAACCCGCCGAGCGCCCCGGCCGCCGCCAACGGCCAGGGCGCCCCCGGGGCGGCCGCGCCCAGCGGGGCGGCGGGGGCGGGGGCGGGUGGGGGCGCAGGGGCGGGCGCCGAGCCCGAACAGCCGUCGGGGGAGGGCCGAGCCCCGCGCGCCCCGCGCCCCUCCACUCACGCGGUGCGCCACGACCCGCUGCUGCAGCCGCUGCAGCUGCAGUUCUCCAUCAUGCUACAGAGCCUGAGCAUCACUGCGGCGUUGCUGCCUUCGCUGCAGGCGCAGUAUCGAAUGGAACAGGUGCACAGCACAGGCGUCACCGGCCUGAAAGCCCACUUCACCGUCGACCUGCCCACCCACUCGCUCAGCUUUGCCACCAAGUUGCAGGUGACUGAAGCGAACAUCCCGGCAGCGGCUUCCGUCGCGCUGCCGGCGGUGUCGUGUCGAGCGCGCGUGCUCGAGUGCGGUGCGGAAGGGGGCGGUGGCGGGGAGGAGGGCGACGGCGGUCAAGGGGGCGUCGGCGGCGUUGGGGGCGUGGGGGCCGAGGCGGCACACGAGGAGGGCGUGGUGCUGCGCGCCGGACGCUAUCUGGCCGCCACCGCCGACAUUGGCCUGUUCGAGCAUACACUCUCCACGGACCUGCUCAACCACUUGGUGUUCGUGCAGAAGGUGUUCAUGAAGGAAGUGAACGAAGUGGUGCAGAAAGUGUACGGUGGGGAGAAGCCUGUUCCGUUGUGGAACGAAGAGGAGGCGUCUUCUUCGGCGCUCAGUCGCAUACUCUUCUCUCUCAUCAUCCGGAUCAAGCGCAUCCAGCUGACGGCGACGACGCCCAGCAACUCGGCGGUGCGGCUGGAGACCGGCGCGGUGGAGUUCGAGCUGUCCAACCGCGUGCAGAACGUGCCCCCGUCGGCCGCCCCCCACGACCUCAGGCUCUUCGCGAGGGCGCAGGUUGACGUUAACCUGAGUUUGGGCCAGCUGAUUCGCAACGCAAUGUUCGAGGAGGCGGAGCCAGAGUUCCAGCAGUACGCGUUCUUCAACACCAGAAUAUCGAUGCGCAACGCCUUCCAAGAGGAGCUCUCGAGCGCAGAUGGAGAGGAGAGGGAGGAGAGGGAGGAGAUAGAGGAGAAGGAGGUGGUGCUGAUCACGCUGAAGAGGCCGCUGGUGUACGUGCAGCCGGUGGCCGUGGACAAGGCGAUCCUCGUGUGGCUCAACUACAAGAACGCGUACGAGUACUGGAACGAGAAGCGGCUCAACCUCAACAAGGAGGUGCUCACCGCCACGCAGCAGGUCUUCGAGAAGGUGCAACUGACGUCACAAAUCACCACGCCGCACCUCAGUACGCUGUUCCUGCAGCUGAACGUGGACGACAUCGGGAUCUGCUUACCCCUCAACCAACCGCCGGUGGCCACUUGGGGCCGCGGAGUGUACGAGCCGGAGAGCAGGGGCGCCGUGGUGGUCACCCUCGAGAGCACCAGCAUCUCCGCCUGCAGCUCGGGGUCCCUCGUCAGCAAGGGGCGGUUCGUGGGGCUGUGCCUGCGCUUCGCCGAGGACUUCGAGGCGUCGCUGGACGACUGGAAGCCGGAGGCGGCCGAGGCCACCACCAACGUGUGCUGCGUCUCCGAGGGCACCUACGAGGUGUGCAGCCGCACCACCGCCGCCAAGCGCCACGAGAACGCCAAGUGGUUCCUGAACGUGUCGUGGCAGAUGGAGGGCGUGGACAUCCACCUGGACGUGAACGUGGGCAAGCAGCUCUCGGCGCUGGGGCACACGCUCACCAUGCUCACAGGUUUCGAAGAGGAGGACCCAUUCCAGAAGAUGGAUCCGUACGAGAGCGACGUCGACGAUGAGGCCGAUAACAGCAAGGGCUCUCAGGAGAGCAUCGUGUUCCGGCGCAAGUGGGCCGACCACCUGCCCGCGUUCGUGUUCGACGCCAGCCUGGACGCGAAGAAGCGCUCCAAGCUGAUCGAGAAGGAGAUGACGGAGCAGGCGCGCAUCAUCAACGACCUGCGCAGCCUCGGCGCCAGCCACGCCACCAUCGAGCACGAGCUGCGGCGGCUGCACGACCUGGAGGCGCUCGUCUUCAAGGACUUCCGCAGGGACAUGAUCCAGAAGCUGCGGCGGCAGAGCGUGCGCGCCAGCUCGCUCACGCGCGGCAAGCUGGGCCUGGCCGCGCACCGCAGCCACUCCUUCGUGGGGCCCGCCAAGCCGCACGCGCACUCGCCGCCGCCCGCCCCCUUCCCCGGAGCGAUGGAGGGGAGCCUGGGCUCCAGCAGUACAGUGGGCGACUCGGGCGAGACCCUGCUGCUGGCGGACGAGGACAACCGGCUCACGGACAUCGUAGAAGGCGGCAGCUGGAGCUCUAUGGAGAGCGAGCUGCUCACCGGUCCGUCGCGGUCGGCGUCGCUGCGGGCGCGGGGCUCCGGCGGUGCGGGGGGCGUGGGCGCUGGCGGUGGCGGGGGCGGGGGCGUGGGCGGCGCGGGGGGCGCGGGGGGCGUGCAGCGCCAGAGCUCGCUGCCGGCGCCCAAGCCCGAGCGCCGCGACUCGCUGCCGCCCCGACGCCGCCUCGACCCAGGAACAUCAUCGGAGAGCCAGGCGCAGUCCGAUGGCGGCAAGCAGGGCAAGGCUAAGACCGCGGAGCCCAACAUCGACUUCGAGCUGGACGUGAAGGUGCACAUCAACAGCGGCAAGUGCGUGCUGCACACCAAGGAGCCGGGACGCGACGACGACAUGAAGAUCAGCGGGUCCCGGGGCCGCGUGGGGCGCUCGACGUCGGGCGGUCUGGCGGGGGCGGGGGCGUCGGGGGGGGGGGGGGCGUCGGGGGCGGGCGUGGCGGCGGCGGGGGCGGGGGCGGGCGGCAGCGAGGCCAGCUCGCCCGGGGCGCGCCGCAAGCCGCGCCUGCCGCCCGCGCCGGACCUCACCGUCUUCCGAGUGCCCGGCCUGCAGCUCAAGGUGCACUACGAAUCGAAGACCCUGCCAGAGGAGGCGCCAUUCCCUCAGCCGCCGCUGCCGCGCAAGGUGGGCACCAAGAAGGCGGCGCUCUUCGCCUGGAUCACGUUGCAGAGCAUUCCCGAGGAGACCAUCAUCAGCCCCCACAUCCUCGAGUUCCUCGAGCAGACCCUCGAGCCGAUACCCACCAAGGCCUCCUUCUCCACGCCCACACCUGAGGCGGACACGUCGGAGCGGCCCCGCUCGGCGGAGGCGGCGUCGUACGGCCAGUACGUGUACGCGUCCUUCCCCGUGGACGUGAUCGUGCACUUCCACACGCGGCCCUCCGCCUUCCGCUUCAGCUGCCUGCCCGCCUCCAGGGUCGAGUGCCUGCUGCAGCUGCCGAGCCUGCGCAUCGUCUUCAGCUCCAAGCGCGCCGGCGACGAGGAGAUGGCCGAGCCCGCCGUGGCGAUGGGCGGCCUCAGCGUGACCGGCUGCCUGGCCGACUUCUCCGUCUACGUGUUCCACCCGUACGGCGGCAAGAAGUCCAGCCUCAAGGAGGCGCAGUGGUCGCCGCUCUCCGACACCGAGCGCAAGGACUCGCUCAGCGUCAACGUGGAGUUCGUCAAGUUCCACCUGUCCAGGUCGCGGAAGCUCGACUUCCAGACCGACCAGGACCAGUCCAAGGCCACCGUCAGGUUCUCCACGAUCGUGGACGUGGGGUCUGCUUGGUUCAAGUACGACAUGCGGCGGCUGGGCGAGAUCCUGGCCUUCCCCAAGGCCUGGUACCGGCGCAGCAUCGUGCGCAGGAUGUUCCUCGGCGACGUCAGCGUGCACCACCACGAGCGCCGCGCAGGGUCCGCCAACAACGUCCCCGUUUCGCCCGUAUUGCCGCAACGAGAGAAAGCGAAGGCCGUAGAUGCACCAAAAGCCAAAGAGGACAAGAGCGGCGGCGCGGCGUGGGAGACGCUGGUGCUGUUCGCGGUCAACUUCACGAGGCUCAACGUGCACAUGAACAUGGGGAACGUCAUGGGCAACGUCAGCUGGCAGUCGCGGUCGCUGGGCGCGUCGGGGCGGCUGAGCAUCGGCAGCACGCACCGGCGCCACAUGGUGGUGCGCGUGGAGCUGGCCGGCUCGGCGCUGGACGCGCGCGCCGGCAUCGUCGGCGGCGCCAUCUCGCUGGCCGCGCUCAGCGCGCACGUCCACAUCGAGGAGGAGCCCGGCUGCAACCCGGGCCACGUGUGCGGCGUGCGGCUGGCGGCGCUCGAGCUGCGGCUGGAGUACAUGGGCACGGUGGUGCUGCUGGCGCGGGUGUCGCGGCUGCUCGCCUCGCUGCGCGACGAGUGGGUGGCGAGGGGCGGCGGCGGGGGGGCGAGGGGCGCGGAGCGGGGGGCGGGGCGGCCGCAGCCGGCGCAGCAGCCGCCCCGCCCCCGCGCCGCCGCCCGGCCCGCCGUCAUCCUGGCGCACGGCGCGCUCGGCUGGCACCAGCUGCAGAUCCUCAUGAGCCGCAGCACCACGCCCGACCUGCUCAAGAUGCAGCUCAAGCUCGAGGAGUUCUUCACGCAGCAGUUCAAGUCGAGCAAGCGCGUGUUCAGCUCGCUGCACCCCAGCUACGCGGCGGCGAGGCGCGACAGGAGGGAGCCGAAUUUGAACUCGGCCAGCGAACCGCAGCAGCAGCAGCAGCAUCAGGAGUUGCGCCACCACCGUCACUGGCAGAAGGUGUUGCGGCUGGUGUCAGGCAUGCAGCUCUCCACACUGCCAGCCCCCUUGCCGGCUAACGGCACGGUUCUCGGAGGCACGAUGGAGCUGCACGGCACCAACAUCUCCCUGGGCUGCUUCCACGGGAACAGCAUGAAGGCCAAGUCCUGGGCGCUGUUCAGCCUCAAGGACCCCUGCAUCAGCUUCGCCACAGAGGCCCAGCAGUUGGCCAACGAGGACGAGGAGCUGGAGGUGCAGGCGGUGCAGAGCCUGACGGCGAGUCUGGGGGGCGCAGGCGCGGGGGCGUUGGCGGGGGCGGGGGCGUUGGCGAAUGGCGGGGCGGGGGGCGUGGGCGGGGCGGGGGGGCACCAGUCGGUGGCCACGGUGGUGCGCAUGACGCGCUCGCUGCUCUUCCCGCCGCAGUUCAAGACGCUGCGCGAGUGGUUCCUCUACGCCUUCGCCGAGAGCGAGAUAGACGCCAUCGAGCAGUUCCCGUCGCUGGAGCGCGAGGGGAGCGGGGCGGGAGGGGCGGGCGGGGGCGCAGGCGGAGGGGGCGGUGGCGGUGGUGGGGGCGGCGGCGGCGGGGGCGGGGGCGACCGGGAGCGCGCCAAGGCGGGCGAGAAGCACGUGCGCGAGGUGAUCUUCGCGCUGCCCGCGCUGCAGCUGCACCUGCGCACCAGGCACCUGCAGCGCCAGGACGCGCCCACCGAGCAAGACGAGAAACCAGUGGUCGAGUGCAGCUUCAUAACGGAGUUCGAGGACCACAUCUUCGUGUCGGUGGACGCGGAGGCGUUCCUGUUCCUCCACGACCUCAUCUCGUCCUACAUCAAGGAGAAGGACCGCGUCAUGCCGGCCGGGUCCCGCGCCAGCGGCAGCAACCCGGCCACGGAGCCGGCGCCGCCGCUGGACUACCGCGACUACCGCUGCCUCACUUGGCACCUCGAACCCACCGUUCGGCUGCUGUCGUGGGCGGGCAAGUCGAUCGAGCCGUACGGCGUGGACUACAUCCUGCAGAAGCUGGGCUUCAGCCACGCGCGCACCACCAUCCCCAAGUGGCUGCAGCGGGGCGCCCUGGACCCGCUGGACGCGCUGCUCUCCGCGGUGCUGCUGCGGCUGGUGGCCAUCGUGCCGCGCAAGUCC